ACGACCUGGUUUAUAAGUAUAUAUACGUAUACUAGUACACAUUCAAGUCGAAGAAAACUGACUAAAGAUAGUAAUGGCUUCAAAUGGCGUCGUUUAUCUUCGAAUUUGAAGUAAAUAUCUUGCGAGUUUAAGAGGUAAAGUUAAUACAGUUGUAUGUACAAGACAAUGAGCAAACACAGAAUCUCAUUCACACGAACUUUAAAGCGGAAAACAUGUUGUUGAAGAUCAAGUUUAAGAACCAGAGAGCUUCAAGGUCAGGUUAAACUGAGUCCUGGAAAAACGAUGUGUCCAAUUCACCUGCCCUUGGUAGAGGUUAUUUGAAGCUGAAGUCAGAGGCGUUUGAAGCAGUUAGGACCACGCAGUCUAAAGAUCGGGAUCAUUUAAAAGAAGGGCGAGACUAACGACCCUUUUCAUACUCAGAUUCAUUCGAGAAGACUUGAAACAGGAAGCUUACCCAUAUAGACAAGGCUAACACAUCUGGGGGAAAAAACAGUCUAAAGAGAAGAAAGAAAAAACUGAGGUCUUGAAUGAAAGCGCAAAAACGCCAUGGAGUCCAUAUCGAAUAAUUUGUCCUACAACAAUUACUCCAGAGAUAACAUUGCUACUUACAUCCACCAUAGACCAACAUGGUACUGGAUUUCGAUUUCGUUUGUGUCCAUAAUAACCACGUUGGGGAAUUCUCUCGUUAUUUUUCUCAUUACUUCAAAGAAAACCCUUCGAAGCCGAGUGUCUCCGAACUUGUUCAUCCUGUCGCUUGGAGUUGCGGAUUUUUUAGUCGGAUCUUUUAAUAUUCCUGCUCUUCUCCUGUGUCGUUUUGCGAUACGUUGUGGCAACGUGUCCUUGUCGAUUAUAUACUCUUUCAUUCCGUUGUUUCUAACAUCAGCGACGGUUAAUGUUUGUUUGUUAACGUUCGAUGUGUAUUUAGGUGUCUUUCAUCCAUUCUUCUAUCCUAAUCUCAUGUAUCCCUCAAGAGUUCGCCUUUUAAUCGCAUUUGCAUGGCUGCUAUCGGUCAUUCUCAACAUCCCAACGUUUAUAACAGUCUGGAACGAGUUUGAUGAUAAAAGCGCCGGUUUCGCAGAUCAAAUAUUGACACUUAUUUUCUCUGUUCUCGCUAGUGGGUUUCUAGUGUUUGCGUACGCUCGAAUACUUCGAGUGGUAAGAAUACAUCGACAGCAAAUCAAGAAACAUGAAACACAGCUUGCUACGAACUCUCUAAGCUUCCAUUCUGCUAUAAGCCCGUCCAUUGCGUCUGGACAGAACGAACAAGUGCGGAGAAAGUACAAAGAUGGUACUAUUACAGCCACAGGAUUUGUGACACUGAUAUUCCUAGUGUGUAAUGGAUUUUGGCAAUACUAUUUAAUACACAGAAUCUGGCCUGAAGCUUUUCCUAUUUCCUAUCCAUUGAUAUACCUGAUUCGACUUCUGGUUUACUGCACGUCGUCUAUGAACUUUGUCGUAUAUGCGCUACUGAGAAAGGAUCUGAGAGAGGAACUUGAAUCGUACGUUAAAAAAAUUUACAACAAGUUUGCUGGGAAAAGGAUCACAGCAACAACUGAACAAUGACAUUAGGCAGAUAAUUUUAAAAUGGAGAGAAUGAACAAAAGAUAUAUUAUUUGGGUGAGAUAUAUUUCAUGAUAUAGCACAUGUAUAGACCAUGGUUAAAAAAAGUAACAUUGCGACUAUACACGAGAUCUCGAGGCCGUAUAUCUUAAAUUUUAAAGCGAUGUACGAUAAUACUGUGAACAUUUUGCGAUGUCAUUGAACAUUUUGAAAUCAUGCCUGAGUAUGUUCACAGUUUUUGGUUAAAUGAAAAAAUAUACGAGUCAAAAAUGAACUCAGGAUUUUUAAAAAGGAAGGUUGCAAAAUGGCCGCGACGCCGAGCUUUGUAGCUGGCGCGAUUGGCUAUUAGAAAGGGGAAUUCCAAUUUCAUUCUACUAUGUAGUACUGAGCAAAAAAAAAAACGUGGUUUGCUCCACCAAGGGAACUUGAUGGAACCCAUAGUACUACCCCUGGAUCCUCUACUACUAUCAUUUAUCUUCAAUUAUUACCUUUAAAAAAAAGUUUGAAAUAAAACUAUGUUUAUAAGUAACUGGAAAAAAAAAAAACAACAUGCAAGGCUAUAACUAUGUCAGUAUUCGCUGAUGUGGCAUACAUGUCGCAUUUGACAACACGUACGUUUUUCCCUUCGCUGAGUAAGAUAUCAAGGAAGUAAAAAUGAUACUCAAAGAAAUAUUUAUCGUAUAAAUAAUUUUUACUGAAAGAAAUAUUGAUAGUAUAUAAGAUUAAGCCAAUGUGAAGUUAUAACGAUUCAGUCGGUAUGCAUAUAAUUAUUGUAGUAUCAAUAUAGAUUGAUU